UCAUUUAGAAUUGCAAAACAAAAGUUAAUGGAAUACUUCUCUUAUAUUGUUUCUCCAUUACUAUUGUUUUUCUUUUUGCUUCAAACAUCUGCCCUUCCUACCAAAAAGUCUUACAUUGUUUAUUUGGGAGCGCAUUCGUUCGGACCGAACCCUACAAACUUUGACAUCGAAGCAGCAACCGAGUCACAUUAUGAUCUAUUAGGAUCAGUAGUGGGAAACAAUUUGGAAGCCAAAGAUUCAAUUAAGUAUUCUUACAAUAAAUACAUUAAUGGUUUUGCUGCUGUUCUUGAUGAGCAACAAGCCACGGAUCUUGCAAAGAAUCCAAAGGUGGUGUCGGUUUUUGAAAACAAGAAAAGACAAUUGCAUACAACACGAUCAUGGAGUUUUCUUGGAAUGGAAAAUGAUGAAGGAAUUCCUUCAAACUCCAUUUGGAAAGCUGCAAGGUUUGGUGAAGAUACAAUUAUAGGCAACCUUGACUCAGGUGUUUGGCCAGAGUCGAAGAGCUUCAACGAUGCAGGCUAUGGUCCUGUUCCUUCAAGGUGGAGGGGAGCUUGUGAAGGUGGCAACAACUUUCAAUGCAAUAGGAAGUUGAUUGGAGCAAGGUAUUUCCACGCAGGAUUUGUAAUGGGAAGUGGUCUUAUCAACGUUAGCUUCAAUAAGACAGCAAGAGAUGAAGAUGGCCAUGGUUCACACACUUUAUCCACAGCCGGAGGCAACUUUGUCCCCGGAGCCAGUAUAUUUGGCUAUGGCAAUGGAACUGCAAAAGGAGGUUCCCCAAAAGCUCGUGUUGCUGCCUACAGGGUUUGCUGGCCUCCGGCUUUAUUUGGUGGUGGCUGUUACGAUGCUGAUAUCUUAGCCGGUUUUGAAGCCGCCAUUAGUGAUGGUGUCGAUGUUCUCUCCGUCUCUCUUGGUAGCGAAGCUCAAGAGUUUUCUCAUGAUUCCAUGUCCAUAGGGGCAUUCCAUGCUGUUGAACAAGGAAUCGUCGUGGUUUGCUCUGCUGGAAAUAGUGGUCCGGGUCCCAAGACUGUAAGCAAUGUAUCUCCUUGGAUGUUCACUGUCGGAGCUAGCACCAUCGAUCGAGAUUUCACAAGUUAUGCUACCCUUGGAAACAAGAAGCAAUAUAAGGGUUCAAGUCUUUCAUCGAGUUCAUUGGCUGGUGGUAAAUUCUACCCUUUGAUAAAUGCUGUAGAUGCAAGAAAUCCUAAUUCGACCGACAGCUUUGCGCAAAAAUGCGAGACGGGAUCGCUUGAUCCAGCAAAGGUAAAAGGGAAGAUUGUAGUUUGUCUUCGAGGAGUAACUGCAAGAGUUGAGAAAGGUUAUGUUGUUCUUCAAGCUGGUGGUGUUGGUAUGAUUUUAGUGAAUGACAAGACCGAUGGAUCAGGCCUUAUUUCUGAUUCCCAUAUACUUCCUGCCACUAGUCUUACCUACACCGAUGGACUUGCUGUUGCUCAAUAUAUUAACUCCACCACAACACCCGUUGCUCUCAUAACACCUGUAGAGACUCAGUUAGGAGUUAAACCAUCACCUGUCAUGGCUGGCUUCUCAUCAAGAGGCCCUAAUCCCAUCACUGACGCCAUGCUCAAGCCUGAUAUAACAGGACCGGGAGUGAAUAUUCUCGCAUCGGUCACAACAGAUGUAACUGCAACGAAAUUUCCAUUCGAUACGCGUCGGGUGCCUUUCAACGUUGAAUCGGGCACUUCCAUGUCUUGCCCACACAUCGCAGGUGUUUCUGGUCUUCUCAAGACUCUUUAUCCAACAUGGAGUCCAGCAGCUAUCAAAUCUGCCAUCAUGACUACAGCCAAAACAAGAGACAACUCCAUGCAUACAUUAUCAGACACCGUGAAGGCGAAGGCAACCCCAUUUGAUUAUGGUGCAGGACAUGUGAAUCCCAAUAAUGCAAUGGACCCCGGCCUCGUUUACGACACAACCAUCGACGAUUACUUGAACUUCUUAUGUGCACGUGGCUACAACGCCCAAACUCUGAUGAGUUUCCACAGCAAACCAUUUGUGUGCGCAACACCGUUCACAUUGACCGAUCUCAACUACCCAUCAAUCUCGAUCCCAGAGUUGAAAUCCGGUGCCCCAGUAACGGUGAAUAGAAGAGUUAAGAAUGUGGGAACCCCAGGAACAUACGUGGCACGUGUGAAGGCAUCCUCAAAGAUCUCAGUUACGGUUGAGCCGAGUACGUUGCAGUUUAAUAGUGUGGGAGAAGAGAAGGCUUUCAAGGUUCUGUUUGAAUACAAAGGAACAGGACAAGGUAAAAGCUAUGUGUUUGGGACAUUGAUAUGGUCUGAUAAUGGGAAGCAUAAUGUUAGAAGUCCUAUUGUAGUGAAAUUGGGAUCUUACAUUGUUUAUUUGGGGUCGCACUUUUUCGGAUCAAAUCCUUCUAUACAUGAUGUUCAACUUGCAACGGAGUCCCAAUACGAAUUAUUAGAAUCAGUCGUGGGAAGCAAAUUGGCAGCCAAAGAAUCGAUUUUCUAUUCGUAUAAUAGAUACAUCAAUGGCUUUGCUGCCAUACUUGAUGAAAACCAAGCCAUUGCUCUUGCAAGGAACCCAAAUGUGGUGUCGAUUUUCGAAAACCAGAAAAGAAAAUUGCAUACAACAAGAUCAUGGAGUUUUCUUGGCAUGGAGAGUGAUGAAGGAAUUCCUCCAAACUCCAUCUGGAAAGCUGCAAGGUUUGGGGAAGAUACUAUUAUUGGAAAUCUUGACACUGGUGCUUGGCCAGAGUCGAAGAGCUUCAAUGAUGCAGGCUAUGGUCCUGUUCCUUCAAGGUGGAUGGGAGUUUGUGAAGGUGGCGCCAACUUUACUUGCAACAAGAAGUUGAUUGGAGCAAGAUAUUUCAACAAAGGAUUUGAAGCUGAGAAUGGCCCUAUGAGUGCUAACUUAACCACUGCAAGAGACCAAGAAGGCCAUGGAUCCCACACUUUGUCAACAGCCGGAGGCAACUUUGUCCCCGGAGCCAAUGUCUUUGGCAAUGGCAAUGGCACUGCAAAAGGAGGAUCCCCUAGAGCUCGUCUUGCUGCCUACAAGGUAUGCUGGCCGAGCUUCACGGGUGGUUGUUAUGACGCUGACAUCCUAGCCGCUGUUGAAUCUGCCAUUCAUGACGGUGUUGAUGUUCUCUCUAUCUCUCUUGGUUCAUCUGCUAGAGAUUUUGCUUCUGACACCCUUUCGAUAGGAGCCUUUCACGCCGUUCAACAAGGAAUUGUUGUGGUUUGCUCCGGAGGAAAUGACGGUCCGACUCCUGGGACUGUAACCAAUGUAUCUCCUUGGAUGAUCACGGUUGCUGCUAGUACCGUCGAUCGAGACUUCGUCAAUUAUGUCGCCCUCGGAAACAAGAGACAUUUCAAGGGGGUAAGUCUUUCAUCUGGAGGGUUACCAAGGGGUAAAUUCUACCCUUUGGUGGAUGGUGUGCAAGUCAAAGCGGGCAAUGCUACUGAUAAGCUUGCCCUACUUUGUGAGGAUGGAUCACUUGAUCCAGCAAAGGCAAAAGGGAAGAUAGUACUUUGCCUUAGAGGAGACAGUGCAAGAAUGGAUAAGAGUUUCGAGGUUCGUCGUGCCGGUGGCAUUGGUUUGAUUCUUGUCAAUGACAAGGAAGAUGGAAAUGAUAUUACAGCUGAUCCUCACUUUCUUCCUGCUUCUCAUUUGAACUAUGCUGAUGGAAUUGCCAUCUUUCAAUAUAUCAACUCCACCAAAUCACCAAUGGCUUUCAUAACCCAUGUAAAGACUGAGAUGGGAAUCAAACCAUCACCAAUGGUGGCUGAUUUCUCAUCAAGAGGCCCUAAUCCCAUCAUAGACUCCAUGAUCAAGCCCGAUAUUGCAGCUCCCGGUGUGAGUAUACUCGCAGCAUUCUCCGAAUAUGCAACGGCGACAGAUUUUCCACUCGACACACGUCGGGUGUCUUUUAACUUUGAAUCAGGUACUUCUAUGGCUUGUCCACACAUCUCAGGUGUUGUUGGCCUUCUCAAGACCCUUUAUCCCAAAUGGAGCCCUGCAGCCAUCAAAUCUGCUAUCAUGACUACAGCCAAAACAAGAGACAACUCCAUGAAGUCAAUAUUGGACUACAACAAAGCCAAGGCAACCCCAUUUCAAUAUGGAGCAGGACAUGUCCAUCCAAACAAUGCAAUUGACCCUGGCCUUGUUUAUGACACCACCAUUGAAGAUUACAUGAACUUCAUAUGUGCUCAAGGCUACAACUCGACCACACUCAAGAGAUUCUAUAACAAGCCAUACCUUUGCCCAAAAUCGUUCCCACUCACAGAUCUCAACUACCCCUCAAUCUCAGUUCCGAAGUUGACGAUCGGUGUGCCCGUGACGAUCAAUAGAAGACUUAAGAAUGUGGGAACCCCAGGAACGUACGUCGCACGAGUGAAGGUGUCCUCAAAGGUCUCGGUUACAGUCAAGCCGAGUACGUUGCAAUUUAAUAGUGUGGGUGAAGAGAAGGCUUUCAAGGUUGUAUUUGAAUACAAAGGAAAAGGACAAGGUAAAGGCCAUGUGUUUGGGACAUUGAUAUGGUCAGAUGGAAAUCAUUUUGUUAGAAGUCCUAUGGCAGUGAAAUUGGGAUGAUGAUGAUCUCAUUUAUAUUAUAUUGUAUUUUGAGUUAAUUUCGUUCUAUGGUGAUCGACCAAUAACUUUGAAUUAAUUAUGAAACUAAAAGAUCAUUUUAAUUCUCGAAACAUUCUCUUAUGUUGAAUUGUUUGGGUUUAUUUAAAGGGACUCUUGCAAAUA